CCGACUCUCGUUGGUGGCGCGUUCUCUAUUUGGGAGCGCAAAAAGGUGAAGGAAAAUCGUGGAGGGCUGAAAGGAACCAUACCCAACACCGCAUUUGGCGAGUAGGGCCAAGGCAGGGUUUGCAGGGGAUGAUGAGCCGAUACCUCCUCCAGCUCUUCUAGUUCCUCUAGCUCCUCCUGAUCAGGAGAAGAAAACUCAACGAGCUCGACCACCACUAAACUUGGAUUGGUGCUGACGAAUCCUAGCUCGAGCUGUGUUUAAAAACAAACAAUAUAUAUUCAAGUGAGCUUCACUCCUCGGGGUAGAGGAACAAGUGUUGUGUGAUUUUAUACAUUUAACGAAGAUAAGGCUUUAAGUGGAGUGUGCUCAUUGUUCAGUUUUGAUUGUACGCGUACCAAGUUGUGUGCGUGCAUGAUCAUUGCAAAGGAAAGGCCAAAAAGUUGGAAUGCAUAAUAAACCAAAAAGGAAAAAGACGGGUGGAAAUAGUAAUCUGAGUGAAUGAAGAAACAAAAAGUGUUACCAACUAACGACAUACACCCUACCGAUCCAACUUCUUGCUCCCCCUCUCCAAUGUGGUGUGAUACGGCCAGUGAAGUGGCGAGGGCCCAGAAAAAAGUGGGAGCGUUUGACAAAUUUUGCUCACUGAGAGACGUGCUCCAUUGACAAGAGUGUGAAGCGACUAAGAUCAGUACCUACUACCCUAUGUACUUCUAGUCUCCUUCAUACGUACAUAUAUUCCUCCCAUCCACCUUCAAUGGCUGGACAAAAGUUAAAAGCCGAUGAUUCAAAUCCUCCCUUGUGGCCAUCACGUUCUUCCCCAUUCAUCCCCCCACCUUCCCUUUAAAGAGGGGUAGGAACAUCUUCAGACACUGGGAACACGCAUCGGCAUAAAUCCCCCCCUUUGAAAAUUUUUGCCCAUCGUCAAGAAUAGAAAGGAAAGACAGCGGAGACGAGGACUGACUGGGAACACCACUCGAUUUGGCACACAUUUCAGUGCAUGUCGGUCCAACUUCUCGUGGUCCGACUUCGACGUCGCCGUCCUCGGUGAAGCUCUGGCUCGUGCUUCCUCUCCCUUUCUUGGGAGUCGAAAGUGGCCUCAAGGAAGAAGCGAGGCCGUUUCAGUGGUCCCCUCGACUCGAAUGACUCGACUGCCUGCCGAACGGCCUGGCCAACAAACCAGGACUGUAAACUACCACCACAACGAGACGACAACAACGGCAACGACUCACAACGUCUGUGGCCUUAAAGUGGCCUUUCUCUGAGUUCCCGGCUUGGCCUUCGGCGUAGGCUAGUUUUCCCCCUGCCCUCUUCUCCAAGUAGUGGUGUUGUGUGCUUCUAUUGAUUGAGCAUAUCUCAGCUGAGUCGGUUCCGCGUCGGAGAGAGAGAGUAAGGAGUCGUCCAAGCAGUAAUUCAUCCCUGUUUUGGGUUUGAAACUUCUGGCCUCCGAACCUACUUUCCAUGUCUGCACGUUGGCUCAUCGGGCUUAAUCCUCUUCCUUCUUGUGCUGUCGUCGAUCUUUUUUUGCAAGAGAGAACGAGAGAGAGAGAGAGAGAGGAUAUAAUAAGUGACCAGAUCAAGUCGGACAGGGAUGUCCUAAAAUCAGUGAGUGUCCUGUGAUGUAUCUCUCCAACACGUUUUUGUCGUCGUCGGUGAGGCCAGUGACCGUGAUUAAGUGCAAGUGUGGCCCAGUGAAAAAUGCACCAAAUGAUCCCUUGGUGACCCUGUUCUAGUCUCCGGCCGCCAUGAGCACAAACGGCAGCUCGAGCUCCACUACCAACGGCAUCGACCCUUUGUCUCCCAGCUCGUCGGCUAGUUCCACUGCGGGUAUGCCGGCCAGUGCGGCCUCGGCUGGAGCCGUGGUGGCGAGCUCCAAUGCGGCCAUGGUUCUCGCAAAUCGGAGUGGUCAAGAUCGGCUUCGGGAGCUCGAGGCCUUGUUCCUUGAAGGCCCGGAUUCCGGGGUCCACGAGGCCAAAUCGUUUUCUACAGAAACCUUAUUAGACAUCCUAUUAGUGCUUUAUAAUGAGUGCUGCAACUCGUCGUUACGAAAAGAGAAGACAGUCACCGAUUUCAUUGAACUAGUUAAACCUGUGGCCAAUCGUGUGAAAGCCUUACGUCUGUGCAAAGAUGACUUUGAGAUCUUGAAAGUGAUUGGACGCGGGGCCUUUGGCGAAGUCUGCGUGGUCAAACUAAAGAACACGGAUUGUGUGUAUGCCCUCAAGAUCUUGAACAAAUGGGAGAUGCUGAAACGAGCCGAAACGGCGUGUUUCCAAGAGGAGCGAGAUGUCUUGGUGUGGGGCGAUCGCCGAUGGAUCACCAACCUUCACUACGCAUUCCAAGACGAGACCAAUCUGUACCUCGUCAUGGACUACUAUUGCGGUGGCGAUCUCUUGACGCUCUUGAGCAAGUUCGAAGACCGUUUACCCGAGGAGAUGGCCAAGUUCUACAUCGUGGAAAUGGUCCUGGCCAUCGAUUCCAUCCACAACCUGCGCUACGUGCACCGGGACAUCAAGCCCGACAAUGUGCUACUCGAUGCCAAUGGACACAUCCGGCUGGCCGAUUUCGGCUCGUGUCUCCGAUUGGCCGCCGAUGGCACGGUCCAAAGCAACGUGGCCGUGGGCACGCCCGACUACAUCUCGCCGGAAAUACUCCGGGCAAUGGAGGACGGCCAAGGCCGUUAUGGUCCCGAAUGUGAUUGGUGGUCUUUGGGCGUGUGCAUGUACGAAAUGCUUUAUGGAGAGACUCCAUUCUACGCUGAAUCUCUGGUGGAGACCUACGGCAAAAUCAUGAAUCAUAAGAACUGUUUCGACUUCCCCACAGACGUUGAAGUCAGCAAUGAGGCCAAAGAUCUCAUGAAACGACUCAUCUGCAGCGCAGAGGUCAGAUUGGGACAAAACGGCAUCGAGGACUUCAAGAACCACCCUUGGUUCUCUGGCGUGGAUUGGACGCGGAUCAUGGGACAACAAGCGCCUUAUAUCCCCGAGGUCUCAUCCCCCACCGACACUUCCAAUUUCGAUGUGGAUGACAAUGAUCUCCGCAAUUGCGAUACCCAACCCCCGCAGCAUAAUCCGGCCUUCUCGGGCCUUCAUUUGCCGUUUGUCGGGUUCAGCUUUACGAUGAACAGCAAGUUGUCCGACUUGGCCCGGUUUUCGCAAGAAGUUGUGGCCCCGCGAAAACGGGAGGUCACGCCCAUUAAGAACGAGGAGGUGGCGGUGGAUGGCUUGAGCAAAAACGCCUACGAGAGACGCAUCACUCGAUUGGAGGACGAGAAGAAAGAGCUCGUUCGCAAACUGAACACCUCCAAUCAAGCACUCCAGAAAUUUGCUCAUGGACCUUUGGCCGAUCCGGAGCCAACGAGUGGUCCGGAUAAUAAUCAGUCCGCAGGCAACGAAGUUCGCCGACUUCAGGAUGAGCUCAAUAAGCUCACGAAAAAGAAUGCAGAAUUGGAAGCAGAAUUGGCCCAGAAAGAUCAACAGAGCAACAAAGAGGUGACGAGUCUCAAACGAGAUCUCGAGUUGUCGGAAUCGGAAAAGUCCAACAAGAUCAAGGACCUGGAGAAACUACUCAAAGCCUCCAAGUUGGAGAAGGAGGACUUCACGCGUGACCUCGUCGAAGCCCAAGAGAAGCUCAAGCUGCAAUCGAAAGAACUCAAAGAUGCUUUGCAGCAACGCAAAAUGGCCAUGUCAGAGUACACCGAGGUCACCGAUAAAUUGUCAGAGCUCAGGCAGCAGAAGCAAAAACUUUCUCGGCAAGUUCGAGAUAAGGAGGAGGAGUUGGAGACAUCAUUGCAAAAAAUCGAUACUCUCCGGCAAGACAUCCGAAAAGCGGAGAAACUCCGACGCGAACUCGAAUUGAGAUCCGAGGAUGCCGUCAACGAGGCUGUUAAAGAAAAGAAACUCCGCGAGAAGCACGAAAGCACUCUCAAGCAAAUGGAGAAAGAACUGUCCUCCGUCAAAUCCGGGGCCAGUCCCGUGGGUGGUGCCAACGAUGCUGAAGUGUCCCGGUUAAGAGCCGAAAUCGAGAGGCUGGAGGUGGCCACUUCCGAAACCUUGUUGAACCAACAAAGCAAGCACAACUCCGAAUUGGCCUCGAUCAAGGAUCAAUUCGACGAGAGCGAGAGGAGGAAUCGAACCUACGAAAUGGACAUGCAGACUCUACGCGAAAAGCUCGACAAGAGCCGAUUGGACUCGCUUCAGGAAUCGGAGGAGACCAUGAAGGAGUUGCGGAAUGUGUAUGAGAGAGAGAAGGUCAUGCUCAUGGAGGAGAACAAGAAGCUCCAAGUGGAGUUGGAGAGAACUCUGGAGCUCAACAAUCGACUCACACACGAUCGACGGCAAUUGGAGGAUGAGUAUGCGGAGUUGCGGGCCAAGAAGGAGGCCAUCGCCCAAUGGGAGGCACAAAUAUCCGAGGUCAUCAAUUGGGUCAGUGACGAGAAGGACGCCCGAGGUUACCUUCAAGCCUUGGCCUCGAAAAUGACUGAAGAAUUGGAGUACUUGAAGCACACCGGACCCGGGGUGAAUUCGGCAUCGCCAGAGAAGAACUGGAAGAACCGGCGGUCGCAAAAGUUGGAGAAAAUGGAACUACUCAACCUUCAAUCCAAUCUUCAGAGCGAAAUUCAUGCCAAGCAGGCUAUCAAUGAGGAAUUGAGCAAAGUGCGAUCUGAAUUGGAGGCUGCCAGGAUGGAUGUUCGGGAGUACAAAUCGCGCGUGGACUCUUUUAGUCGGGAAAUGAUGCGGAAAGAGUCGCAAAUCAAGGACUUGCAAACCCGGGUAGAAAAUGGCGAAGGCACUGUCUUUUCUAUGGGAAAUCCCCUCUUUUGGAAGCGAUCAUCGUCAAAGAUUUCGGUGUUGGGCAGUGAUAGACCUGGCAGCCAGAUGUCGUUUUUGGAACAGUUUCUCAAGGAGUCCUCGGCGGGUCGAAACAAUAACUCGACCUCCACCCAAGGAGGUCCUUCUCGUCCAGAGCGUCAUUCUUUGGAUCAGCCCCAGUCUUCCGCAGCCUCGAACUUGACCAAUUAUAGCGCGUCCAGACGCGCCAUGUCCAUCGAAUCGGACGAUGGGGACGUGGAGGAUAAUCAAAAUCCAUCCCUUGGAUCCUCUCGUUCCAACAUGUCGGACCUCUCACCAGAGCACAUAUCGUCGCCCCAGAGACCGGACCCUCGAGCUCUCCCUCCGCACCCUUCUUCAUCCAUGAACCCCCCACUCCAACCUAUGGCCGGCCCCAUGGGUCCAGGACUGAUCCAAGUGGGUCCCAAGGCCAAAUCUCAUCAGUUCCUUAUCCGAACGUUCUCGUCGCCUCUCAAAUGCAAUCAUUGCACUUCCCUAAUGGUGGGUUUGACUCGUCAGGGCGUGGUUUGCGAAGUCUGCGGGUUUGCCUGCCAUAUCCAAUGCCGCGAAAAGGUUCCCAUGUCGUGCCCAGUGCCUCCAGAUCAAACUAAACGACCCUUGGGUAUUGAUCCCACUCGUGGAAUUGGAACAGCCUAUGAAGGCUACGUGAAGGUACCCAAGCCAGGCGGUGUUAAAAAGGGUUGGGUGCGCCAAUUUGUGGUAGUGUGCGAUUUCAAGCUCUUCCUCUACGAACUUCAGGCGACUGCGCCAAGUGUCAAUGUUAGUCAGGUAUUGGAUAUGAGGGACCCCGAGUUCGAAGUGUCCAGUGUCCGUGAGUCAGAUGUCAUUCAUGCCAACAAGAAGGAUGUGCCCUGCAUCUUCAGGGUCACUACGAGCCUCAUGGACCCGCCUGGAGUUCGACAUCAAUGUCUGAUGUUGGCAGACUCGGAGAGUGAGAAGACCAAAUGGGUGGUUGCCUUAAACGAACUUCAUCGCAUCUUAAAGAAGAAUAAACUCCCCGAUCGAACCGUGUUCAGAUGUCGAGAGAUUUUGGACAACACUGUGACCAUGAUCAAAAACGCAAUGUCCGCUUGUCUCAUCGACAGGGAUCGAUUGGUGGUUGGAACCGACGAUGGUCUCUUUUGCGUCGAUUUGGAUCGAGAUGAAAUUUGUCGCAUUGGCGAUCAAAAGAAGAUCCAUCAAGUGGAGUACCUUCAAGAUGAGCAAUUGAUGAUUGCCCUCACUGGAAAACACCGACAAAUGCGACUCAUCCCCGUGAAAGCCUUGGAUCAACCGGAUACCGAAUGGAUCAAGGUGGCAGACACCAAGAGUUGUAUCGUGUUUGCCACCGGAGUCAUGCGGGGAUCCACGGGCGGAGUCCUUUCAACGGGCGGACAGGCGUCCAAUCCCAGUGCUUUGGCUAGCUCGUUUUGCUUGUGUGUGGCUGUCAAGCGACAAGUGAUAAUCUACGAGAUCAACCGACUCAAGUCGAGGCACAAACGCUUGCGAGAGGUUCUUCUGCCCGCACAAGCCCAGUCCCUCGAUGUCUUCAGCGAAGGCCGUUUGUGCGUGGGCUAUCAGUCCGGAUUCACCAUCUACAGCCUUCUGGGUGAUCAACACCCUUUGUCUUUAGUCCAUCCUGACAAUCAGAUGCUCGGUUUCCUGGCCUACAACCCGGUGGAUGCCUUAGGAGCCAUUGAACUGGCUCACGGAGAGUUCCUCUUGGUCUUCAAUACUCUUGGCGUGUAUGUGGACAUGCAGGGAAGGAAGUCCCGGGAUCGGGAGAUCAUGUAUCCCGCCGUACCCCUUGACAUUGCCGUAUGUGACGGACGCUUGCUUGUGUAUUCGGAUACUCAUAUCGAUGUCUUUGACACGGUAACCGGGGAUUGGGUUCAAACCAUCAACAUUCGCAAGACACGCCCGCUCAUCAAAAGUGGACACCUCAAUCUGUCCAUGCUUCAGGAAAUGCCCCAUGUGACUUUCUUAAGCAAUAUCCAUAAGGAGGAUAGCCUGAAUGUGGUAAAACCUGAAUUGAUGAUGAUUGGUCGAGACGGCCGACCAGUGCAAAGAACUCGGAGGCGUUUUUCCGUGCGAGAAAGCAACAAGCAAAUCAGAGCUGGGAAGCACUUGAAGAUGCUCUUGGACUCGCCCGUCAUGGGCAAUAUGAUCUCCGGGGUGAGCGGGGUGGCCUCCACCUCCUCCACCAUUGGCAGCAAUUUCAUGAUGCGAAAUCCUGAUCGUCGGUCAAAGUUAAUAUCAGCGCCUUCCAACUUUAACCACAUCUCUCACAUGGGCCCUGGAGAUGGAAUUCAGAUCCAAAGACUCAUGGAUCUUCCCACUACUUUGGAGACAGCUGAUCACGUUCAACCAAGUCCGGCUCAAGUUUCUCCACUUCAGCAACAGGGUGUUCAACGAGUCAAAUCAAUGUUUCAACAAUCCACAAGCAAAUUGCCCUCUAGGCUUCCAACUCAUCCGGCUCCUCCACAACGAUCCAUCAGUCACAAUGAAAGCGGGAUGCGGUCUUACUUCAAUGGCGGUGGGUCUUCCUCCUCUACUCCUCCUCCCUCGCUAGCCCUGGGAGGGCCUGGGAGUAGGCGUGGUACCUCUGGCAGUGGCAGCUUUUCCCUUCUGGCCGGACGAUCUUCUUCUUCCUCCCUUCCAAGAUCCCCUGAUGGGGUAACGGAUCAUUUGAGUGGUUCCGCCCAAGGUUCCAUUGGAUCACACGGAUCCUCCUCCAAUCAGGAGGUGUACAUGAACAUCUAUCAGAAUACCCAAUCAUCUAACAAUCAUCAAUCGUUGUUUGAAACGGUGGAUGGGAGUCCCCGUCAUUCUUUGGGCUCGAACAACAGUUCCAAUCUUUCGAGUCCACCCAGCCCCGCCCGUGAUCAUGGAGUGGGUAGCAGUGGGGGUGGUGGAGGGGGCAGCAGCACAGCUGGCGGAGGACACGGCAGCUCGUCCUAUGAAUCUUAAGUGCAAUUUGAUCGUUAUGCAAUUCUUGAGAGAGAUGGCUUUCAACUUUUUCACCAUCCCAGAAACAGACGCCAAUACUAUUCAUUCAAUCCUGGCUUUACUGGCUAUUAAUAGUCUCAUGUUCCAUUUUCCCCCAUGCUCUUGUUCCCCUCUUUUUAUAAACCAAUGAUCCGCUCUCACCCUUUUUUCCUCGAUUGUUGCAUCACAGACCUAGUCAGUCUUGAGAAAAGCGAGAUCAACAGAACUUCACAGAAACAAUUCCCCACAUCUGGUUCCAAGACUAUUUUCGUAAAUCUCAAGUAACGUUCUGCUCAUCAUUCAAGAGACCCAUUGAUGACGUACCUCGUACAUUCAUAUCACGAAUUGAUAUCUCGCCCCUACAUUUACAACUCAUCUUUCUUUAGACGUUAUUUUCAUCACAUGACCUUGUUCAGGAAGCAAAAAGAUUAAGGUCUCGAUAUUAUUAAAAAUAUCUUUGUUUUACCCUGUUUCUACCCUACAAGGUUGUCUUGUCGUUAUGACCAAAUGAAGAAGACCACGGAUUUUCACACAUGAAGUUCAGCUCCCGUUUUGCAAGGAUGACACCUGACUCGAUCUUUGCCAUUGAUAUCGUAUUCUUGCAACUUCUUCUCUUAGUACGUUUACUAUUCCUUCUCCACCAUUAUACGAUUAUCGUAAUCAUCAAUAUCAUGAUUAUGAUUAUUUCUAAUAAUACGAUUCCUACUACCAGCAUUGUUAAACUCCCUUAUCAGAACCAAGCUCCAUUCUACCCACACUGCGCAAGUUGAGAUGAAUAGAUUGAAAUACAAACGUGAAAACAA